AUGGCAGCACGACCGCUCCAUGGCUUGCACUCAGCGGAACAGUUUGCGGAGUUCCAAAAGAAUUUGCGUCUAUCAGUGAUUCCGACCGUAGAGGCUCACCAUGAUGCUGCGGAAGAAACGAGCGCUCGCCUCUUGACUAACCAGGGAUCCUCCACAGGCAGUCUGGACUCGUCAGACGGCGGUAGGAUGCAAGAGGCGGAUGUCGUGCCAUGUUCUGGCCUUCUGCCAUUCCGAGAGGGGCCCCCCGGGGCGGGCACCUCCGCGACUCCAGCUGGCGGCCCUCCACAGCCUUCGGUUGCGCCGGCCUCCAGCAAUCCACCGCUCCGAGAAGGGACCCCCGGGGCGGGCACCUCCGAGACUCCGGAUGGCGGCCAUCCACAGCCUUUGGUGAGCUCCGGGUCCGAUGCUCGUGGAUACCCCGACUCCAAUGACGCUUCGUUUUGGGGGCGGGGCGAAGCCCUAGCAAAGCGCUAUCGCCCCCUCUGCCCCCAAACUUCCAGCAACCCCUCUCCUGCAAAGCGCUAUCGCCCCCGCCACCGCAAGAUCCCAUCAUCCGUGAGGUUUACUCGCGCCUGUCACGCUCCUCGCUUGCAGGGGGGCGAUGGUGAAGAUAUCCUGAGAGCAACAUGCUCGGACGAGGAAGGCAGCACCGUCACCCAGCUCCCCGCCCCAAAACGCAGCAGAUCGCGGGAGGAAAUAGAGACCGAGCGCCGCGAGUCGGAGGCGGCAUCCGACGCUCGGCACUUUGUCUCUAUGGACACCGGCAACAUCAUCCGGGAAAAGCCGCCCCCUAAACCAAAAGACACCCUGAAGCAGAGCACGUUGCAGGAGUGCCUGACGUCCACACGAUCAGCGAAGACGGUUCUGCCGCGAGUCGAAGUCAACUGGAGGACCCGGCCAGGCCAGGAGCAAGGCAGACGCGCACACCCGCAAGUCGAGCAUACUCCCGCCAUGAGCGAAAAGGCCGCGGAGCUGAUGGCCAACAACAGAGAGGGCCUCCGCGCCUACAAGGUGCAAAGAGCAGCGAAGAUCGAGGUCAUGCGCACCGGCCCCGUCAGCAAGCCCGGUCCUUUGAUCAGCUGCAUGGGGGACCUGGCCGCCGGCAUCGGAGCCGACAGAACGACUUCGAUCAAGCAGGAGCGAUCAAUGCUGCGGGACUGGCUUGUCACGCAGAAAGAAACCCCCGAGCAGCCGCCGUCCGACGCAAGGGGCGACAGCGUCGAGGAUACAAUGGGGCGCUCCGCAGAUGUCGAUGACUGUGCGGCAACCGACAGCAAGCGUGAGGACGUGAGCAGGUGCGUGCAGUCCCCACCUGAGACCGACGCUGCGGGGCAGUCUUGGUUCACCACGGAAAAGCCGCUGGAGCAGUGCCGACGGGCGAUGGCGGCUGGCGAAGACCGUAUCUUGAUCGUCUGCGACGUGUCGAAGCACUCGGGGGCGAAAAAGUACUGCAGCAUCCGCGACCCGUCCGCCCUGCAGGACUACGUCGCGCGCCGCCAGAAGACGGGCCUCGGCCACCCCAAUCUGUACGAGGGCUUGACCGAAGGCCUGCCGACCAAGCUGUACGCGGACAUUGAUCUGCGGACGGCAAGCAGGGUGGAAGGGGACUUCGAGCGGUACAAGAGACAUCUGGACGAAGUGAGGGACGCCUUCCUGGUGGACGUGCUGGGCAUCCCGCCCGAGUGCAUCCGGUUCGAGGCCAGCGAGGCGCACGGGGACGCGGCCGACGGCGGCUUCAAGUGGAGCGUCCACGAGCUUCUGUGCGGGUACUACCUCGAGGACUUUCACGCCCGCAACGAGUUCAAGAAGGCCUUUGAGCACUUUCAGAAGCACCUCCCCGCGCAUCUCCACCACUGCGACGAGUUCCUCUGGCAUACGCCCGACCCCCAGAGAGGCCCCAAGCUGAUCUGGGACCCCUCUGUGUUCGCCAAGUUCAACUCCCCGCAGCUGCUGGACCACCUGGUGGGCAUCUACUCGGCGGAGGAGCUCGCGUCUCUGAAGAAGAUCGACGUCGGAGUGCUGGAGCGGUACAACCAGAAGAUCGGGGUGGACGCGGGGGAACGGUGCGAGAUCCCCCGCCGCCAUACGACCCGGGUUCCGGUGGAGGGAGGGGCAGGCGAGAAUGGCGCUCGGGACGAAGCGGUAGGCACGCCCCUGACCGCGCAUGAGUUGGAGCGCCUGACGAGCGUUUACAGGGAGGACCAUCCCGGGGCGGAGAUCCGGACCACUCUGCAGGUGGCGACCGACGUCUUCACCCUUCACUUCCGCAUCCAGCAGCCGAUGUGCCGCAUCCUUGGGGCUGCGCACGACAGCGACGGCAACAACGGAGGGUACCUUGUUUACAGGCGGAGCGAUCCGACGGUGGCGUUUUACAAGUGCCACUCCGCGCGGUGCAGUGGUACCGUGCGGCGAUUGCAGCUGCAAGUCCACCAGAUACCCGGGUGGUCUGAAGACUAUACGGAUUCGAGCGGCAUGCGGCCUUACCCCCUGUUUGACAUCAAGAGAGGGGCCCCGAAGCACACUGUCUUGGUGACAGCCAACAAGGGGAUAGGCAAGUCGAAGGCGAGCUAUGAUUGGCUAUGGAAGAUGCUGCAGCAAAACGAGGGCGCGGGGGUCGUCAUCAUUGCUGCCAACAUUGCCCUUGCGAAGAAGUGCGAGUCGGACCUGCGGAUCAAAUGCGAACGCAAGACGCGAGCGGGCCUCGACCUGUUUGGCCUCGAUCUGUUCGUCAACUACCUGGACGCACCGGGUGGUGACAUCAAACAGCCGAGGGUCAUCUGCUGCAUCAACUCGCUCCACCGAGUGCGUUCCAGCCCCGCGAUAGUCCUCGUCGACAAGGCGGACAUGGUGCUCGCCAAUUGCAACUACGACGUGAUGAAGAACCGGAAACAUGUCUUCAUGGCCGCCGAGCGCAUCAUGGGGAACGCCAGCAUCCUCAUAGCGAUGGACGCACACAUCGACUGUCCGAGGGUCCUGGAGUGGAUGUACAUGGUGCGCCCGGACAGUGAGUUGUACUCGAUCCGGAACGCCGGCGUCCACUCGAGCCAGCUGGGGAGGACGGCCACCAUCUGGCGCCUACCGAAGUUGAAAAAGAUAGAGCUCACGUGUGCCCCAGCCGUCGCGCGGACCCUGGAACUCCUGAAGAGCGGCAAGAAAGUCGGGGCACCCUCGGCUAGCCUGCGCUACGUGAAGCAGCUGACGGAGGCCGCCGCUUCAGAAUUCGGGCCAUCGAAGGAUUUGAAGGCAUUCCACGGCGCGCAGAAGUCUCCGGAGGACAAGAAGCGUCUGUUUCAAGCCGUGGCGGAACCGGACGUGCACAUGCUGGCGGAUUUGAUAACCCACACGUCGGUCAUAGGCCCGGGAGUAUCAGUGGAGAGGCCUUGGUACGAUAUGGUCGUGGCGCUCGCUUACAACAGCUCCUUCCACCCGGACGUGUUCGCCUUUAUCCAGAUGCUCUUUCGGCUUCGCAUCGCGGGGCCCAUGGACAUAUUCCUCAGCGCCGAUAACCCGCGCGACUGCCAGCCGGCGUGCUUGCCCACGACGAAGGAAGACGUCUUCCGAGCGAUCGAGGACGGCAACGAGGAGCUCUGCAGAAUGCUGGGUUCCACCGACCACCUCGACUUUCUGGUCAAGCGACGCGGCAAGCGGGCGAUAUGCAACCGGGAGUCUGCUACAUGCGUGUUGUACGCCAACAACGUGCUCGCUCGGUGCGACAGCAUCCGCCACUAUCUGAAGAUAAUGACGGAGGAUCUGCAGAAGCAGGGGCUGACGGUCAUCGAGAAGGGAGCACCGUUUGUGGAGACCGAACAUGCUCCACCGGAGGCUUGCGAUCCCGAUGCAGAGCUGACGGCUGAGGAGUGGCGAGACAAGUACGUGGUUCGCGGGGACCAAUACUCGCACCUCAAGGUGCUGGAGGAGUUGCAGGACGUUGGCUUACGCGAACUGAAGCAAAUCAAGCUAUACGAGGCGAUCCAUGAGUUUUACAAGGUCGACCCCGCACUGGUCGACUUCGACUUCUUCGACGAGUUCUGUGCGGAGGACAACAAGAGCCGCGACAUGUAUGGGAAUUACAUGAGGUUCCGCGAGCUCACCCGCGACCAGAUCGCUGUGGGGUUUUGCAUUCCGCUGAAGGAAGCCGAUGCGGUGGGCGUCACUCAAGACUAUAUUGCGGAGCGGGACAGGCCUCAGAACAAGGUGCUUUUUGCUCGUGAUGUGCUGGCGGACCUCAUGGGCGUGAAGGGCUCGGAAGAAGAACCGCUCGACGGGGCACUUGACAACUACGAGGUCACGGAGUCUUCAAUCCAAGCCGUCUAUACGGCGAAGAUCGGCGCGAGCCAAGAGAGGCUCGCGAAGGUGCGCGGCGACUAUGGGAUAAGACAGAAGGCUGCGCUGGACAAGCUGACGCCGAACCUGAAGCGGAACGUUGUCAAGAAGGUCAUCUCCAUCGGGCUGGGCCUCGACUUUCUCUUGAGCAAGACGAGCAAUAACAAGUUCGUAGGGCCGCACGUCUUCCAACCGGCCCUCGGGAAGGAGUUGCAUGAUCAGUAUGGGAAUACACCAAGCAGCUCAGAGGCGGACGUCGCGCUCAUCGUGAUCCCGUCAUAG